AUGGCCACCGAAAUCUUGACGGCGAGCUCGUCGCCUCUCUUCAAGCACGACGAAGUGCUCGAUCACAAGGCCGAAGUCGAGCUUACCCCUUCGGUCGCCAAGCAGGAUGCAAGCAUUGGCGUCUCUGAGCCCAGAUUCAACCUGACCCCAUUGACUGAGGUUGUCAAGAUUCCGGGUUACCAGGAGCCUGUGACCGCUCAGUUCGACUUGAACUAUGAUUCUCAGCUCGAGAUCUGGAAAUCUCUAUCUACUUUCCUGCCCAACGACAAUGAGGACCAUCAGUUCUGGUGGAAGGUCACUGGUCGCCAUGUCGCUCGGAUGCUGCAUGAGGCUAAGUACCCGGUCAAGCGUCAGGUCGAAUUGCUCAUGUUUCAACGUUAUCAUGUCGUGCCUCGCCUAGGUCCGCGUCCAACCUCCUCUAAGCCAUGGUUCAAGAGCCGCAUUGCCCCUGGCAUCGCUGAUGGAGGUCCCAUCAACUACAGUUGGCGAUGGAACGUCGGUAACAAGAAGCCAUACAUCCGUCACUACAUGGAGCCCAUCGGCGAGUUGACGGGAACCCCAGCGGACCCGCUGAACGAAGUCGCUACUCGAUCGAUGCUGCACGAGAUGAGCCAGGUCUUUCCCUCAUGUGAUCCAACCACAUUCUACACAUUCGCCAAUCAUCUGCGACCAAACCUUGCCAAUCAAGAAGUUCGUCGUAAUUUCACAGGCUCCAACAUGCUGAUCGGCCUUGAGAUGCACCCAGACUCGAGUGUUGUCGAUAUUAUGGCCGCACUGGUGACCAAGGACCCCUCACAAGUAUCUCGUCUCUUCACUGAGAUCUUCCCGGCGGCCAUGAGGGAUGCGUAUGGUCCGACUGCUUCUCAAUCCUGCCUCGAGAUGACACGGGACUUCCUGCAAAACGACCCUGACGGCCAAAAGCUCAUCGCCACGGGUGUGGUCGCCGUCGACUGCUGCGAUGCCAAAACCUCCCGCUUCAAAGCAUAUCUCGUCACCCGCGAUCUAUCUUUCCGCCACAUCGCCCGCGUCAUGACACUUGGCGGACUUAAGGCCAUCUCUCCAGGCUCUCUCGCGUCACUCCGCGAGUUAUGGUACGCAAUCAACGACUUGCCCACCUCUCACCCUGAUGAUGCCCCGCCUCCACCAUUGUCAGCGUCGCUGGCAGCAGCCGACCCUCACGGCGCCAAUACCGGCCUCAAGGGCACUCCCCGCGGCCUGACAUUCUACUUCGACAUCCACCCCAAGUACAAACUCCCACACAUCAAGAUGCAAUUGGAUGUUACCAAGCACAGCCCGUCCGACCACCUUGCUGCCAAUGCCGUCUGUGGCUACCUGCAGCGUCGCGGCCGUGGCGACACCGCACAAGCAUACCUCAACAUGCUACGCGGCAUGGUGUCGGCGACGGAGCUGCAACAGUUCCGCGACCCCAGCCAGACGGGUCAGGCAGUGCAGGCGUACUUUGCGCUAGCGUUCAAGGAUGGCGAGAUUGAUAUCACUAGCUAUGUCCUCCCGCAAGUUUACGGGCGUUACUUUCAUCAUUGGGCGGAGAUUGGAGGCCAAAGUAAGCCGUCGAAAGGGUCACCCAAUGGACAGAGGAGGAGCAGAUUCAGUGAUUAG